ACACGAGUAGCGUGUGUGCCGCGAUUCAAGAUGGCGACAUGUAAUGAAGUGCCGGGAGGCAUCACUGGGAACAAUUCAUUAUCCGCCGAGAAUUUCCCAUUCACAAAUACCCGGUCACUUAUGAAGGACAUUCAGUCAAAAAUGGAGACAAUGGAAGUAACUGAGCCAGUGACGGCAACUAAAGUGGAGGAGAACAACACGACAAGCAACGACAAGGAGUCUGGAGACACGACCAAGAAGGUGCCAGUCGACGAGAUGACCUCACGUGAUUACUACUUUGACUCUUACGCUCACUAUGGCAUUCACGAGGAGAUGCUAAAAGACGAAGUAAGAACAAUAACCUAUCGUAACUCGAUGUACCACAAUAAGCAUUUAUUUAAGGACAAAAUAGUAUUGGACAUUGGUUGUGGUACGGGUAUUUUGUCAAUGUUUGCUGCUAAAGCCGGUGCUGCUAGAGUAAUUGGUAUUGAGUGCUCGAACAUUGUCGAGUACGCUGAAAAAAUCGUUGAAGCCAAUCAACUGUCUCACAUAAUCACCAUUGUUAAGGGAAAAGUUGAAGAAGUCGUACUUCCAGACGGUAUUGAAAAAGUUGACAUUAUUAUUUCCGAAUGGAUGGGCUAUUGUCUUUUCUACGAGUCAAUGUUGGACACCGUGCUCCAUGCGCGUGACAAGUGGCUGAAACCCGACGGCAUGCUUUUCCCCGACAAAGCAACUUUAUUUAUUUGCGGUAUCGAGGACCGUCAGUACAAGGACGAGAAAAUAAAUUGGUGGGACGAUGUCUACGGCUUUGAUAUGAGCAGUAUUCGUAAGGUUGCGAUAAGUGAGCCUCUCGUGGAUGUUGUCGACCCUAAACAAGUCGUUACAAAUGCCUGUCUUAUCAAGGAGGUCGAUCUUUACACUGUUACAAAGGCGGAUCUUGAUUUUUCAUCACCGUUUACCCUCCAAGUACGACGCAACGACUACGUUCAAGCUCUAGUCACAUUCUUCAACAUUGAAUUCACCAAGUGCCACAAGCGCGUUGGAUUCAGCACAGCGCCCGAGGUUCCAUACACACACUGGAAGCAAACGGUAUUUUAUUUUGACUCCUACAUGACUGUUAAGCGUGGCGAAGAAAUUUACGGUGUAUUCUCGAUGAAACCCAACGCUAGGAAUUAUCGGGACUUAGAUUUUAGCAUUGAGUUAGAUUUCAAGGGUGAGUUGUGCCAAAUUAACGAGACGAAUCACUAUCGCAUGCGUUAA